AUGGCGACAUCAUUUCUACAAGUUUGGUGCGUAUUUCUGUUGAUCUGUGUAACAUUUUCGUCGUCAACAUCAUUGACAGCUUACAGACUGUUUCAGAAAGUAACAGAUAGUAUUGAUAAUGACCUCACGGAGGACACAUCAAACGUCUCCUCGUCUACCAAUUACUAUCUGAACAGUACAACGUCAUCAUCCACGUUACCAACAACUUCAUUUGUCACGUCUUCAACUACAACAAAGAGUGUCAAUUCAACUUCAAAUUCCUCCAUUUCUAGAUCAUCGACCUCCACCUUAUCAUCGACAACACCAUGGGUAACUACUACUGAUGAUCCAAAAUGUCAAUCAAACCAAGCACUUGAUACAGUUUGUACUGUACCGGAAGCUUUAAUUGGUGAAGAUUUCUGGGACGUGUACUACGUCAUGUUUUCAGAUGACGUCAUCCGAGCACUAUUGUUCCAAUGUUCAAGCGGGCAUUGGUGUCUGAAAGAUAGAUAUGAUUUCUGGGAUGCUCUGAUGAUGGAGAGAGCAGAAAUGGUACGAGAAUCUAAACUAUUCAAUGCUGUCUGUGAAAUGGAAACCCUCGCAUGUCUUCACCUUUACAUAGGAAACUAUACAGAAUGCGAACUGUAUCCACGGAUGGUAUUAACCUUGCAGUCAAUCAACCUACUAUGCCAACUUAAACAGGAAGUGACCACAGCCCCUGAGUGUUUGCAGCACGUGAUUGCCUUACUUCAUGUGACCAUUGUCGACAUUUUACGAGAUCAGAAUCAAAAAGAGCAAAAUGCAGUUGAUGAUUUGAUGGAGGACAGCUGUAAAUCACCGGAAUCUCAGAUAACACGUUCAUUUCUUUGCCUGGAACACAAGUGCCAAAAGAGUGUUCCCGUUUUAACAAGUUUCGCACCAUGGUCAUGGUUUAUUGAAGAUAUAUCCAAAAUAUCGGAGCAGUGUGGAUAUACGAAUGACAUAUGCAAUGACGACACAAACUUUACAGACACGACACUCGCGCAAGCAUCCAGCAUUUCGUCAUCAACAUCCACGGGGGCGUGGCUUGGCUUGGGCCACGUGACAGGCGCUAGGCCCUUUGAUCCUGAGGAGGAGGGGUCAGGAUUGGAACCCACGCAAGAAGAGGAAGACGAAAGUGAGUACGCAUAUGACGCAAACAUGCUACUAGGCAUGGCCGUGACGUCACUGAUUCUCCUCUCGAUAAUGGUAAUCGGUUUCUUUAUCUGGUGGCGAAACCUACAACGUGACCAUGUGGUAAAGGCAGGUUAUACACAGCUGAAAUGUGAUGAGGUUUGA